AUAAUGUGUGUUUGUAGUAAGUGAUGCUCUGAAUGUGUCUCUCAGGAAUCAGAGGGACGUAUCAAGGCCUCACAGCGACCGUCCUCAAACAGGGAUCCAAUCAGGCGAUCCGGUUCUUCGUCAUGACCUCUCUGAGGAACUGGUACAAGGGUGACAAUCCCAACAAAUCCAUCAACCCCGUCAUCACCGGAGCAUUCGGUGCGAUCGCAGGAGCGGCGAGUGUGUUUGGAAACACGCCGCUGGAUGUCAUCAAGACCAGAAUGCAGCUGAGAUUGUAG